AUGUUAGACGUCAAAAUUGAUACAAUUGAUACAAAGCCAUUCCAAGAUCAAAAGCCUGGUACUUCAGGCUUAAGGAAGAAAGUCACUGUUUUCCAACAACCCCAUUAUACUGAAAAUUUCAUUCAAGCAAUUUUAGAUGCAAUUCCUGAAGGUAGCAAAGAUGCAACGUUAGUCAUUGGAGGUGAUGGAAGAUACUACAACGAUGUAGUCAUUCAAUUGAUCUUCAAGAUUGCCGCUGCCAAUGGUGUAAAGAAAGUUAUCUUGGGUCAAAAUGGUAUCUUGUCUACACCAGCUACAUCACAUGUGAUUAGAUUGUUGGGAGCUACUGGUGGGAUCAUUUUAACCGCAAGUCACAAUCCUGGUGGACCAAAGAAUGACUUAGGUAUCAAGUACAACUUGGGCAAUGGUGGACCAGCACCUGAAUCAGUCACCAACAAGAUUUUUGACAUUUCGAAAACGUUGACCAGUUAUAAAUUGGCUCAAUUAGACGAUGUUGACAUCUCCAAAAUUGGGCAAGUUAAAGCAGGUCCUCUUGAGAUUGAAGUUAUUGAUUCCACCAAGGACUAUGUUGAAAUGUUGAAGGACGUCUUUGAUUUCCCAUUGAUUAAAUCAUUCUUGGACAAAGCAACAAAAGAACAAGGGUUUAAAGUCUUAUUUGAUGCGUUGAAUGGUGUUACUGGUCCAUAUGGAUACAAGAUUUUUGUUGAAGAAUUGGGCUUGCCUGAAUCAUCAAUUCAGAACUGUAAACCAUUGAGCGAUUUUGGUGGUUUGCAUCCUGAUCCAAAUUUAACUUAUGCGCAUACACUUGUUGAAAGAGUGGAUAAAGAAGGUAUUGCAUUUGGUGCCGCAUCCGAUGGUGAUGGUGAUAGAAACAUGAUUUACGGAGCAGGUACAUUUGUAUCCCCCGGUGAUUCAGUGGCUAUUAUAUCAGAAUAUGCAGACGCCAUUCCUUACUUCAAGAAACAAGGUAUCUAUGGAUUGGCUAGGUCAAUGCCAACUUCAGGAGCCAUUGACUUGGUUGCGAAAGAUAAAGGAGUCGAUGUAUACGAAGUCCCCACCGGUUGGAAGUUUUUCUGUUCGCUCUUUGACGCUAAAAAAUUGAGUAUUUGUGGAGAAGAAAGUUUUGGUACUGGAUCAAACCACAUUAGAGAAAAGGAUGGAUUAUGGGCCAUUGUAGCUUGGUUGAAUUUAUUAGCUGAUUAUCAUAAAUCAAACCCUGGUAAACUGACGUCGAUUGAAAUUGUUCAAAAUUCAUUUUGGGACAAGUAUGGAAGAACUUUUUUCACCAGGUAUGAUUAUGAAAAUGUCUCGAGUGAGGGUGCCAAUAAAUUGAUUGACUUGUUGCAAAAGAUUGUUGAUGAGCACAAACAAGGUGAUGAAUUGGCUCCUGGCUAUACAAUUAAGCAAGCCGAGAACUUUUCGUAUACUGAUUUAGACGGAUCAAUUUCUUCCAAACAGGGUUUGUUUAUUAAAUUCACCAAUGGAUUACGAUUUAUUGUUCGGUUAUCAGGAACCGGGUCUUCUGGAGCUACGGUUAGAUUAUAUUUGGAAAAACAUUCCAAUGAUGCGUCAACUUAUCAAGUUAAAGUUGAUGAGUAUUUGGUCAAGGACAUUGACUUUGUUUUGAACUUGUUGAAGUUUAAACAAUUUUUGGGUAAAGAAGAACCCGAUGUACGUACAUGA